AUGGUAACGGGGGAUAUGUCGACAACCGUCACCGGGUUGGAUCCGCACAAGAUGGCACGGAGAGCCUCACGCUUUGUGUCUUCGGUUAAGGCUUCCACAGGCACUGCCUCUUCGACCGGUCGAACUGAGAUGGAACGUUAUUUUGAGAAUUUUGCGUCGAUGGACUCUGCAGAAGGCCUAGAAACUAUAGGACCAAAGGGAAUUCAACAUCUCUGUGAGGAUCUUGCUAUAAAAAGGGAUUCCUUCGAGAUGUACACGCUCAUUUGGAAGCUUGGGAUUACAAGGGGUGGGUGCAUUCCACGCUCAGAUUGGUUGAACAUGGUGUACAACUACAACAUUGAGGUCCCGGUGGAACUGAAGAGACGGCUUCGGGAGUGGGUGAAGGACGCAAGAGGUCCUUCUUUUGUUGAGUUCUACAGCGAAUUAUAUGAUUACAUUAGGGGGGAUAGUGCGCGCAUGAUGCUUCCUGAAACUGCAGCGAGGGCGUGGGAUGUACUGUUUAGGGGUGACCAGCAGGUUGCACAGUGGAUCAGAUGGUACACAGGUUUUUACGAUUGCGAGGUUACCCGCGACAUUUGGCGGCAUGUGGCGUUGUUUUUCAAUACCGGAGAAAAUGCAACCCCAUAUCGGAAGGAAGAUGCAUGGCCUACUGCUUUCGAUCUUUUUGCUGAGUGGCGGGAGACCUGUGAAACACCAUGA